AUGAAAAUAAGUGAUCCGCCAUUUUUGGAACCAACUUUAUGCAAACCUGAAGGUAUAAAUGCACUCACUACAUCAGACAGAACUUCAUCCUAUCCGAAAGCGUCAUCUUCAACAGAACGUGAGCCUUCUAAUGCGAAACAACAGUUGACACUAACUAUCAGGUCUGAUCAUGUUCAAAAUUUUUCCGAUUUAGAACCAAACAAUGUACUUCUAAAAAGUAUUGUAAGCGACGUGAACAACGAAGAACCACAUCGGUAUGAUAAAAGUAUAGCUGGUUCUAUUUUACAACCAGUAUGUGACAAAAAUCUAAUUUUUAGUUAUGUGAUACAUGGUGAUCUCAACGCAGUACAGCAAGUCCUGCAAGAUCAUAGAGAAGUUGUCCAUAUGAAAAAUAGUCAAAAUCAGACUCUGUUACAUGUUGUUGUGAUUUAUGUACUUCCAUACGUAUAUAUCCGUCUGUUAUUGAUGAGUGGAGUCGAUCCCUGCGCACAAGAUCAUGAUGGAUACACUGCCGCCCAUUAUGCUGUAGAAAAAGACAAUGUUGAGAUGUUAAAAGCACUCACCGUCAGAUUCCAUCCUCAGGUCAAAACAUUCUCCGAUAGACAAGUAUAUGAAAUUCAUAAAAAUUGUGUUAGAGCAUUGUCAAUUAGAGAAAAUCAUGGUGGAUUGAUACCGUUCAUGUUGGCUUGCUACAAACAAUCGAUUAAUUGUGCACGAUAUAUACAACGGUUACAAAUGGACCAAAUGGAUGUUAACACACAGGAUCGAUUUGGCGAUACAUCCUUACAUUAUGCUGUAGCUCGAAAUAACAUGGACUUGACGACAUUAUUGAUUGUCGAAUUUAAGGCUGAUGUGAAUGGUGGUAACUCAUCUCGUCCCUCUUCAUUAGAUAUUGCUGUAUUUAACCAUCAUUCAGAAUUAAAAGAAUUAUUAUUAGUAAAUAAUGCUAAAUCACGUUGUCUUAUAAAACGUAUAAUGCAGAAACGUAAAGAUAUGCAACACGAUAUCGAAGGUAAGCUGGAAGAAUUAACAAUCGGUGAUGCACCAAUUAGUACUACUCUAACGGGAGAACAACCAUCGUGUUUGUCAUGUGAAACUGAUAGUCCAGAACCUAAAAAAAAAAAGUCAAUUGGAACUAUUAUUGUUGUUAUUGUUGUACUUGAAGUCAAUGUGUUAUUUCCAUAUUGGAAUAGCGCUGAAGACGAAAAAACCAUAUUCAAAACUGAGUAUGGAUUAUUUUACUUAUUGGAAUUAGAAGUGCAGGUAGCACUUUAUGUACCAGAAGGAAGAAAUUUAUUGCAGUUUGGAAGCUUGAUUCAGCAUGUCACGAAUACGUCAGCGCUAAAUUACAUUGGUUAUGGAUGUUGGUGUGGCUUCGGAGGUAGUGGUCAACCAAUGGACGCAACUGAUGAAUGCUGUAAAAAUCACGAUCAUUGUUAUGAAAAAUAUGAUACGGGAAUGUUUGGCUGCUUUCCUUAUACUGCUACUUAUGCCUGGAAAGUUGAUGAGCACACAGGUACAGUUCAAUGUGUAGAUCAAGAAGGAACAUGCAAAUAUAAUGUUUGUAUGUGCGAUAAAACUGUUUCGGAAUGUUAUCAUCGGAAUUUAGCCACCUUCAAUGUAGAACUAGUAGGAAAAUGUCCAAAACAAUGA